AACCGCCGCCUCAAGAAAAGCAUCAUUUUGAUCAUCGUCGUAAUUUCGAUCUCUCCGUGUAGUUCGAAGUAAUCAGCCUUCUGCACUUCCAACGGUGAAAGCAGUGAUACAUGGAUCCGAAGCUAACAGAGGUCUCUCAGCACUUUGAGCGCUUUAAAGCUGCGUUUGUGAGGAAUGACUUUGACACCUGCAGUAAUCUCCUCUCCCAGUUGAAGGUGUCACUAACAGAGUUCAGAAGCCUUCCACCUUUGUUUGAAGAAACACCUAAUGCCGGCCAUGAAUUAACAAUAGCAAGGGAUAUAUAUGAGCAUGCUGUUGUCCUUAGUGUGAAAAUGGAGGAUCAAGAUGCCUUUGAGAGGGAUUUCUUCCAGUUAAAACCAUACUAUACAGAUGCACGCAACCGUAUUCCUCCAUCCCCCCAGGAGCACCCCAUAUUAGGUCUCAACUUGUUGAGACUACUAGUGCAGAAUAGGAUUGCUGAAUUUCAUACAGAGUUGGAAUUGCUUUCAUCCACUGCUCUUGAAAAUCCUUGCAUUAAGCAUGCUGUGGAGUUGGAGCAAUCCUUUAUGGAAGGUGCUUACAAUCGGGUCCUGAGUGCCCGACAGACAGUGCCACAUGACACAUAUGUUUACUUCAUGGAUCUUUUGGCUAAGACAGUCAGAGAUGAAAUAGCAGGAUGCAGUGAGAAGGCGUAUGACUAUCUUUCGAUAAAUAAUGCUCGCCAAAUGUUGUUAUUUUCAUCUGACCAAGAACUCUUUGAAUAUAUGAAAGAGGAGCAUCCUGAGUGGGAGGUCCUUAACGGCGCUGUGCAUUUCCAUAAAGCCAAAGAAUCAGCGCCUUGCAAAGAAAUACCAUCACUGCAACUCAUCAACCAGACACUCAGUUAUGCUAGGGAGUUGGAGAGGAUUGUGUGAAGAGAAAUGCAAUGGCUAUUCAUUCUCCAAAGUUUCCAGAUCUGGAAUCUCUUUGUUGAUACUCAUUUUAAAUUUGUUUUAAUCCAUUGCGGAACUAGAAAAUUGUUCUCCGAAGUUCAUCUCAUUCGCUAUAAUUCUUCUUAAGGUAUUAUUUUCUUGGGAGAAUUUUUUUUUCCCUUUCACUGUGCUGUUGCAGAAGGAAAAGAAAAUACACUAUACUGAUGUCAGCCUGUCCUUUUCUGUUGAAUUUUAUAUUUUGUUUCGUGA